UCUCAGCGGUGAAGACAGACACCAUUCAGUGAAAGUUUGGUCAUGUCUGGGCUGCUGGGUGUUCGACUUCUGCUGCUGUGGGCCAGCGCCUGCCUCAUGCUGCCCAGCCUGGUCCAGGGGGCUGUGGUCAUCUCCGGAGGCCGUGAGGCUCUGAAGGUACUGGAAUACACAGAUUUUUUUUUUUUUUUUUGUUGUUGUUGUUUUUUUUUACAAAGAUCUUAACAUAGAAAUACACAGUUCAUGGUUGUUGCUUGAUUCUCUUGUAUUUAUUGUAACUGGAGGCUCCUGAUUUGAUUGUAGCCUGUAUUUGAGAUUCUUCAGUUCUUCUUCUGUCGUGUUUCUACUUUGGUUUUACAUUAGCUGUUAUACUCAGUGUGUGGGUGUGAGUACAUUAUUUUUUUAAUGUCAGUAUUUGUUUUUCUUGGACCCUUAUUGACUUUAUCUGCUGUAUUUGUUUUGUAGGGGGCGGAGAGAGUUGCCAGAUCAGUCCAGGUAUGUUCCAGGAAAUAUUUAUACUUGGUCUUAUUUAUGCUUUUGCUUAUGGUUGUUAUAUGCUAAAAUAUAUGAACCCCUAAUGAAAUCAACUGUUUUUAAAAAGUACAUUUCCAAUUAUUUCCAAUUUUUGUAGUCUCAAAUUUCUGUUCCUUUAAUGUAAAAAUAUAUAAUCUCCCUUUGUAUCUUUUUUUUUUUUUUUUUUUUUUUUUUUUUUUUAGAAAAGAAGUGCAAAUCCAAUGGUAAGAAAACAGCAUUUUUCUUCUUUUUUCGUCUUAUCAAAAAUAUCAAAUUCUGCUCAUUAUAUGUUUAUAGUUUGGGCAACUUCUUGUUGAGGAUAAUUCAAUGCUUCCAUAUAACCAAACUAGCAUAUGGUACUAGCAAACUAGUACCAUAUAAAUAAACUUACAAAUACAGUAUUUCAAUAAAACUAGAUCCUCAGAAGACGCUAGUGUCAGCAUAACUCUGUCAGUUUUUCCGAUAAGAUGGAUAUAUUGUUGUUUUUGUUUUAUCCAGCAGAGGUCAGGCUCUUAACUUAACAACAUAAUGACUGUUUGUCCACAUGGAUAAGCCACCAGGCAGAAAUAGUUAUUUUAAAGUUUAGGUAAAUAUGAUCAGCAAACUCCGCCCUAAAACGGGUGGUCAUCUCAUUAUAUGAUCCAGACAUCAACACCGCAGUGGCACAAGUAAUUUUCACAAACAUGCCCUUCCAUCGAAGAUAAAAUGGCUCCAUUCAAGUUUAGCAAAUCCAAAUGUAUCACAUUUGCUUUGGAAAGGGGAGAUUAUUUAAAGCUCCAGUAAGGAAUUUUCGACUGGCUAGGAAUCAUAUGAAAUCAGGACAAACGUCUUUCUGCAUGACUAAUCAAAGCAAACAGGACCAUCUGUGACAAAACUGAUCAUUUCUGUGAAUUAAUUUUUAAUGUUUUUUUAUUAUUGUGGUGAAGUCAGCAUCAGAUGUGGUGAAGUAACUACAAGAUAGAUUUUUAAGAGCAAAACUUUGCAGCUGUUGGUAUUUUUGAAUGCUAAAUAAACAAUGAUAGACAAAGAUGGAGAUUUUUCUUUUUUUUUUACCAUAAAGUUUUGCUUACUUCAGAAGAGUAUUAGGGUCAGGGAUGAGGAAAAUUUAUUUUAAGGGGGAAAAGGCUUUUUUUUUUUUUUUUCAUUUUGUAUUUUAAAAAAAGAAGUCAAAAAUGACAAGAAUAAAGUUGAUUAGCAAUUACCUGAUUGAAGGUCCUAUGAGGAGUUUCACUGAUGAAACAGACUGGAAUUCACAUUGACCCCUGCAUAUGACCAACAAAAGCAAACAAGAUCAUCUGUGACAUGACUGAUGAUUUCCACACACAAAACAAAAGUUCUUCACAGGAAUUUUUCUCAAGCAUGAGAAAAAAUCUGUUUGAGACUACGUUUACACAUCCAUUUUCAUAAACAGACAUUUCACCCUCUCCGUUUACAAAAAAAAAACUGCGUGCACACCACAGACAGAAAGUUCCCAACAGGAGCUUUAAGUGCCCAAGUAACAAUGCUAGAAAAUGUCUUCUUCACUCACAGUUUACCUGUUUCUCUUUCCAAGAGUUUUGAAACAUAAGACAAAGUUUCAGGAGUUGCAUAAUUGGUUAACUAGUCCACCACAUAGUGAGCGGUGUCAUUGAUCCUCCAUCAGGCCAGAUAUGAGAUGCCACCCUGGCAAAAAAGUUCUCAUUUCCUCUCUUUUCUCAGAGGAUCCCAGAGAAGACAGUGAGCUUGCAGAGGGAAUUUAGGCAGGAAGGAAUAGCGUCACCCUGACUGGAGCAAAGAGGAUACACAAAAUAUGCCUUCAGCUCAGGCCAGCAUGCUUAUUGUGUUGGCCAUAGUAGAACAUGGAGGCAAAAAAAGUGAGAAAGACUUUAAAUAUCCAUACUAUCUGUGCUUCAAUAUGCCACACCCAGACUGACUCACUACAACACUUCCUGAGUGGAACCAGUGAGUUAAUGUUUGUGAAACAUUUGUACUAAGCUGAGAUUGUUUUCUAUGGGACAAACCCAAGUAGGAUACUAUGAACUGGAUCUAGCUGCAAGAAAAAGUUGAGUCUAAAAUAAUACAAAAAAGCAGAUUUUAUGGUUAUAAAAUCGUUGUUUGUAAGACAGUCUUUUAUCUCCUGCUUAUACUGCCCGUCUUUCUGUCUCAGGUUGAGGUGCACAGCGUGAAAGUGGACUGCACUGUGACGUCUCGUUUCGCUCACACUGUCAUGACCUCGACGGCUAUGAACAAAGCGAACACCUCCCAGGAAGUCUUCUUUGAAAUGGAGCUGCCCAAGACCGCCUAUAUCACUAACUUCAGCAUGUGAGCCGAAACUCAAAGUUUUAGACAAUGUUCCUGAAACACAUCCUCCUUCACCUUUAACUGUUGUCUCAUACUUUCAGGGAAAUUGAAGGUCAGAUGUACCAUGGGGAGGUGAAGGAGAAAGAGAAAGCCAAGAAACAGUAUGAGAAGGCUGUUUCCACUGGACAAACCGCUGGACUGGUCAAGUGAGUUUGUAAAGAUGAAACAUGCCUGUUAGCAAUAAUUCAAGCACACAAAAACAAUGGGGAUCUACAAUAUGGCCGUAUUUUUUUUCUGUGUUGUACCAAAGGGCCUCUGGGAGAAAGAUGGAGAAGUUUUCUGUAUCUGUCAACAUAGCAGCUGAAAGUAAUGUGACUUUUAUUUUGACCUACGAAGAGCUGCUCCAGAGGAAAUUUGGCAACUAUGAGAUUCAGACUCGAGUUAAGCCAAAACAGCGGGUCCAGGAUUUUCAGGUGAAUCUGGUUCCUGAUCCGACCUGACUUCUCUUGCUCUGUUUUUUUGAUGGCCUGCUUCACAAAUGGACUCUGUAUAUGUGUUUGUGUCUUUCUGCCUGUGUGGAGAACAGAUUGUGGCAAACAUCUAUGAGCCGCAGGGAAUUUCUUUCGUUGAUGCCCAUGCAUCCUUCCUCAGCAAUGAUCUGCUCCCCCUGGUGGAGAAAACUGUCACAGAUAAAAAGGUACCUGAUCCGAUGGACUCUGAUUCUUUUAGCUCAAAGUUGCUUUUCUCUGCUCACUUUUUUUACUUGUUUUAACAAACCCAAAAAUUUGAGCCCAGCUGAUCCUCUGUAACCCAUUGCCAGGCACACAUCUCCUUCUCACCAACUAUGGAGCAGCAGAGGAGUUGUUCUGACUGUGAUGGAACACUCAUUGAUGGAGAUUUUAUCAUCAAGUAUGACGUCAACCGGGUACACAACAUCGGAGACAUUCAGGUUUGAUGUUGCCUUGUUAUUUUCAACUUACACUAUGCAGAUACAUGUGAAAUUUAUAAAUCUGAUUAAAUUGCUUAAUAUCAUGAAACAAUUUAAAAUAUUUAUUUCUGCUCUUUAUGAAUCUUUUCUUUUCAGAUUGUGAACGGAUACUUUGUGCACUUUUUUGCUCCUCCUGAUCUGCCCAGAGUCCCAAAGAAUGUGGUGUUUGUGAUCGACAGAAGUGGAUCAAUGUCUGGUAGGAAGAUGGCACAGGUGAGAAGGGACUGUUCAGACUCUGGCUCCAUGUACGUCAUUGCCCUUGAGCGCAUGUUUGACUUUGACCUCUGUGCAGACACGGGAGGCGAUGCAGGCCAUCCUUAAAGAACUCCAUGAGGAUGACCACUUUGCCGUCAUCAGGUUUGAUAGUCGGGUCGAGACCUGGAGGGAAACACUCACCAAAGCAACGGCAGAAAACGUGGCAAGCGCACAGGAGUAUGUCAAGGACACAGAUAGCAGAGGAUGUAAGUAUAAAAACAAAUCCAAAUCUAAAGCCCUGGAGCAGAUUAAAGUCAAAACUACAAACACUCAGUGGUCUGCAAAAGCAAAGAGACAAUCAGCGACAAGAAUGUUGGAUCCAGUAAUGCAAUUUUAGCAGCCUGAAGACCACCAUAAGGGGGUCACAUCAGACAAUGAUUAACAGCACACCAAAAACCAAGGCUAUCUUCACAUUUUCAGUUGCAGAUCUUCCCAACGGGUGACACACUUGACCAUCAAAAGAGCAAAAUUAGAUUUUUGUGUCAGGAAAUUACAGAGGAAUAUCAGGAAAAGAGUAAGAAAUACAUCCGUGCCCACACAGGAGGCCAAAAUGGACACAAACAAAUACUGUAUUUCCUUACGGCAGUUUAAUUGCUAAACACUUUUGUCCUUCUGCAGAGUUAGAAAAAAAAACACUAACUUGAUUUACAGACCAUAUUUUUUUGUGUGUUCACAAUCUAGCAACCAAUAUGAAUGACGCAUUGCUGAGAGGUGUGGAGAUGCUAGUGAAUGACAGACAGGAGAAGAGGAUCCCAGAGAGAAGCAUUGAUAUGGUUAUUAUGCUGACUGACGGGAUGCCAGAUGGGGGCGAGUAUAUACAAACUGUAGUUUGUGACAUUGAGCACAUAUUUUAAGACACAAUUUAUAGAAAUUGUCUAACUUUUUGUGGUUCUUUUAUUUAAAGGACGGAGUAGCCUUGGUAUGAUCCAGCAAAAUGUGCGCAAUGCUGCGGGAGGAAACCUGUCUCUGUUCUGUCUUGGAUUUGGAAAUGAUGUGGAUUACUCCUUCCUCGAUACACUGAGCAAAGAAAGCAAAGGAGUGGCCCGCAGAAUUUAUGAAGGAUCAGAUGCAACACUUCAGCUUCAGGUGGAAAGUUUAGGCUGUGGCAGCCAAUUCUUUGAAGACAAUAAUUUGAUCACUUUUUUUGUUUUAAGUCUGUUUUACAGUUUUUCACAUUCAUAUCAUAACAAUUUGUACACAUGCAUUCAUCCCAGGGUUUCUACGAGGAGGUGUCCAGCCCUCUUCUUUUAGAGGUGGACCUGCGUUAUCCUGAUAAUGCAGUGGACUCUCUUACCACCAACCAUUUCAACCAGUUAUUUAAUGGCUCAGAGAUUGUGGUGGCUGGUCGACUGAUGGACAACGACCUCAAUAAUUUCCUAGUGGAAGUGUAUGGCCAGGGGGUGAGAGAAGAAAUAGUUCAAAACAAUAGCUAGUUAAUAAAGGAUGUCUCUUUAUGAAUCCACUUUCUGAGACUCCUAUCUUUCCCUCUCUCUCUCUGUAGAUCGAGGAGGACUUCAAGGCGCAGGGCCAGACCAGUGUAACGGACUGGGGUGUGAUGUACCCUGAUGAAGAGUACAUUUUUGGGGAUUUUACUGAACGUCUUUGGGCCUACCUCACGAUUCAGCAGCUACUCGAGAAGGGGCAAGUUUGAAACAUUUUCACUCAAGCAGAAACUAUCAAUACUGAAGAAAUGGGAAAUCUGUAAGUCCCACUGGCCUCAUGAAGAUCUUUGAUAGAUCUCUCUGCCCAUCAUCGGAGAAAGCCGAAGCUGAGUCAUGUAACACUGAUAUUAAAUCCUGAAUUUGGCAAUGUGCACUUUCUCUUACAGUAAGACUGGGUCCACAGAUGAGAAAGAAAAUGCCACAGCGAAGGCCCUGGACAUGUCCCUGCAAUACCACUUUGUCACCCCCCUCACCUCCAUGGUAGUCACCAAGCCUGAAACUGAGGAUGGAACAGACAGCCCACUCAUUGCUGAUAAACUGACUGAGGGUAAGAGAAGUUUAGAAAUUAUACUAGCAAACAUUUUCUUCUGAGGAGGGAUGCUGUGGAGCCUUUCACCCAUGAACCACAUAAUCACUCCACCAUCAAGUUGAACACCCGAGACAAUAACAGCAGUCAGCCAAAGGGGAUGCUCAAGUUUAAAUUAUUAAGGUAAAAUGUUUGUGUUUUUUCUUUUUAACAGAGCAAAGACAAGAAGCAGAAAGACAGUGUAAGUGAUCAUUAAUACAAAAAAUGCUCUAAGAUUUAGUCAGGUCAGUCUACUGACCUAAACUUAUUUUUGUUUUGUUGUUUCAGCUAGAAGAUAUAUGCCUCACCCUACAAGUUAUCAACAUACUUACAAUGCACCACCCUCCUAUUUUGGUAAGUUUUAUUUUUCUCUUUUCUUUUCUGUUUUCAAAGCUUGUUAGGAAAAAGUGUGUUUCUGUCUUUUGUCAGUUGGUUUUUCAGUACAUCAUUACAACUUUCUGUAUAUUCAGUUGAAGAUGUUCAUAGUUCAUCAUGAAUCAUAGCUGUGAAGUAUCCCAUUUUGGCCGCAUUUUUACCGUAUUUUACCCCUCUUUCCCGCCGUCUUCCCGUAUAAGUAUUCUUCCAUAUAUAUACAGUAUAUCUAGCCAGCCCCAAGUACACACCAACUGGUAGUGAAAAGUUGUCAACUGUGAUCACAUUGACGAUGAAUUAAGACCACCCCCUCUACCUCCAUUAGGUUCUUGUAUUGUAUUAGUCCUCAGGUAAUAAUUCAUAUCUACUCUAACCCUACAAAUGAUCAUGUUUGUAUAAGAACUGCCUGCAACACUUUAAGCUUUUAUGUCAUAUUGCUGUGAAAGAAUUAAGCUCAUGCUUUAGCUACAACCAAAACUUGAAUUUAUCCAUCUGUCUGUCUGUCUGUCUGUCUAAUUAUUAUUUUUUUUUUAUCACUUUCCUUACACUCUGUCCUCACCCACAGUGGAUGGAGAUCCUCAUUUCAUGAUUGAGCUUCCAGACAGUAACGACGCUCUGUGCUUCAACAUCAAUGACAAACCAGGAACUAUUUUCAACCUGGUCAAGGACCCAAAACAAGGUCAGCCUUGAGCCCUGAUUUACAUUCUGAAUUUGGUAUCCCUUUAUGAAUAUAAGACCCUCAGUGUGCUUUAAUAAAACUUCACUUUGAGGCUUCAGAAACUGCUUUUAAGCCAUUUUCAGUGUGCCAGUAAGUUGUGUCUUGUAGUUAAACAAAGAUUAACUGACUCACAUGUUGUUCCCUCAGGUAUUUUGGUCAACGGUGAGGUCAUUGGAGACAAGAUGAUCCCCCCCGAUGGUAAAAUCAACACCUACUUUGGGCGUUUUGGCAUCAUCCAUCAGGCUCUGGGAGUGAGGCUGAUGGUGAGCACUCAAGACGUCUUAGUGUUUCAGGAUGGCCAACUGGUCAGACUGCAGUGGUCUGAUUCAGCUUCUCUCAAAGGACCAAAGUGAGUGGUUGCAUGUCCCAUUGUUAUUUCCUUCAUUCAGGGCAAACUUUUCAUCUUCAUGAGUAAAGAGUAAUUAAAUACAUUUGAGAGAAAUACUUAACAUCUUCUUCUCUUCACUCUUGUCCUCCUCCAGUGUGGAUAUCGUCUUGACUAAGGACCGCAGCCUCACAGUAACUCUGAAAGAUUCGGUCAAGUUUGUUGUCCUGCUGCACAAAGUGUGGGCGAAGCACCCGUACCACCGGGACUAUCUGGGUUUCUACACCCUGGACACCCACCUCCUGUCCUCUUCGGUUCACGGUCUGUUAGGUAUGAAAUGUUGUUUUAGGUAUGAGUUAGGUGUAUAUGGUUGAAUUUCAAACCAAAUAUUGUCAAAAUGCGCAUGUUUAAUGAGUAUUCAACCUGUGAGUUAUAAAUCUUUAUCAUUUUAAAUUUAUAUUUUUCCCUUACGUGCUACUUUUUGCCAUUAUUGUACAGAUAAUUAAGCUCACUAUACCAUAAGUAGGGUAAGAACUUAAAGGCUUUUAAUUAGUGAGUAGUUUCUGUGAAUUGUACAUAAUGAAUCAGCUUCACUUAAAGCUUUCUGAAUUUAUGCGCUUCCAACAAUGCUGCACCUCUGGCAGCUUCAACAAUAAAAGCAGACCUCCUAAAAGUUAAACACAAAAACCAAGUAAGUAGGAAGAAUGAUUUGGCGUUAGAGUACCACACAGACAUGCAGUUGUAACCGCAGCUGCAACACUUAAGUAAAGGGGGCUGUUUGAGUGAUGUAUGGCUAACCACAAACAUGAACAAGUCUGCUACAAGCAGACCGUUGUAUUUUACACACUCAGUGAGCUAUAUAAUUAUACCAUGACAAUAUGAUGGGAAAUAUGAAGUUUAAUUCAGAAUUCAACCAAAACGAACACAGCUGUAUUUCUCCCUGUGGUCAAUCAGAGAAAGCUCAUUUCAUCUGCUCAUCUUAUAGUUGUGUAAUCACAAGAGACACAAGGCUAAAACUGUUAUACUUAAAUAUUAACCUGUGAUAAUGGUUUCCCCACCAGGUCAGUUCUAUCAUGGGGUUGAAUUUGAGGUGACAGACCUGCGUCCAGGCGAAGUCCCAGAGAAACCAGAUGCUACCAUGUUUGUGAAAGGACAGCAGCUCAAUGUGACCAGGUAUGAGCUCAAAUAAAAGCUUCUUGUCUUUAACAUGUUGCUGCUGUCUAAUAUUCCUAAGUAUACCUGACGUUUCUGUGUCGGUCCACAGAGGCUGGCAGAGAGACUUCAGACGGGAUGUGAAAAAUGGAGACAACGUUCCCUGCUGGUUCAUUCACAAUAAUGGAACAGGCCUCAUUGAUGGAGAAGCAUCAGACUACACUGUGUCAGGCCUUUUUAAGACAGCUUAAAAAGGGUUAUACAUCAAUGUCUACAACAGAAAUCACUGAAAUCUAAAACAUACAAUAAAUAAUCAAAACUAGCUGUAUUUACACUAUAAAUGCUCUGACAACAUGAACCAAAAGGCCAAAAAAAGUUCAUACACAGCAGUGUAAGAACUCUCCUACAGUUUCCCAAGUGCUUUUACCACAGGAAAUGAACUCUUUUCCAAAGAAAGGGAAAAUAGUGGAAGCGACCGCAGCAACUGCCUGUGUUGAAAUAAGUAGGACGGUGUUUCUCAGCAUGGGCCAAGCUGGAUUUCUUCAUAUUCAGAUUUGUUAUUUGUUUUUUCCAACUGUUCCAAGAAAGUAUCAGGACAGACUUUUAAAUUCACAUUUGUUACUCAAGAUACUUUUCCUAUUUGACCUGACGCAUGUCCGAUAGCUUGUUAAUUUUAGCCCCUUAUUUACAUGUUUUCUUGUGUGGAGAGCUGACAAAAUAUAAGGUGUCCUCUAGUGAAGUGAAUCUAGUGAGUGUAAUCCUCACGAAAAGUCCUACAAAGACUUGUUCAUGUCAGGUCCACUGGGAUUUGUGAAUGAGAUGAAACCAAAUAAACGUUGAUGUGCGGUGACAAGUGAUAUAUUUCUUGUUUGUCACAGUCUAAACAGGAAA